CGACUCUUCCCAUUGGCGGGCCGGCUGUCUCCUUGACGCGAGGUCACGUGCCGCGGAAGCGCGCGCCCCCCGCCCCGCCCCUCCACCCCUCCCCCCACUCCCUCUCUACGCCGGGAGAAGAAGCAGCGUCGCCAUGAAAAUCUGGACCUCGGAACAUGUGUUCAACCACCCGUGGGAGACGGUGACGCAGGCGGCGAUGCGCAAGUACCCGAACCCGAUGAACCCGAGCGUGGUGGGGGUGGACGUGGUGGGGCGGCACGUGGACGCGGCCGGGCAGCUACACUCACACCGCCUGCUCAGCACCGAGUGGGGCCUGCCCAGCCUCGUGAGAUCCCUCUUAGGAACGGGCAGAACCAAAACCUACGUCAAGGAACAUUCGAUCGUGAACCCAACCCAGAGGACGAUGGAGUUAAAGUCGACAAACAUCACGCUCACAAACCUCGUGUCGGUGGACGAGCGCCUCGUGUACAAGCCGCACCCUGACGAUGCCGAGAAGACGAUGCUCGUGCAGGAAGCCAUCAUCUCCGUGAAGGGCGUGAGCUUAGGCAGCUACCUGGAAGGACUCAUGGCCAGCACCAUCUCGGCAAACGCCAAAAAGGGCCGCGAGGCGAUGGAGUGGGUCAUCGGCAAGAUCAACGUGGAGAUCGAGGAGCUGGCGGCGACGGCGUGCGGCAGCAUGCACGAGCUCAAGAGCGCCAUCUCCGGGGCGGCCGCAGCCACCGGGACCUCCUUCUAGGCUCACGGCGCCGGCCACGGCGAGCCCCCACGCCCACGGCAAAGUUUUUUCCCCGCGAGCGCUCGGCUCGGCGCGGCACACGGCACGCGGCUUCGAGGCGGUCGCCGGCACGGUGCGUGGUGCGGUUGGCGUGGCGUCAAAGCCGUAGCCGACGCGGUUGUACGCCGAUAAGGCGGUGACUCGAUAGGGUGGCGGCGCGCGUGUGGUGUCAGAGCCGUUCCCACCGCGAGCGCCACACCACCAGCACUUUCACCGCUCCCCGCGCCACGCCGCAAUGUUGGCGCACUGUUUACCAUGCCAGCCGGCGCACUGUUUACCACACUACUUGGCGCACCGCUCUUCGACACCGCCGCACGCUGCUCUCAUUGCUCGGAAUGCUGUUUGCCAUACGACUUGGCACCGAUUGCCACGCUUCAACACACACAACACACAACACGCACCACGCACCGUCACGUGCGCCGAGAAUCCCGGCCCCACGCCAAACAACCGUGGCGACUACGGAGAGGCUGUUAGGAGUAGCGAUUGUGUUUGCCAUCGACACAACGAAAUCAUUGACCGGGGCGGGGCAGCGUUUACGUUAAAUGCUGCCCCCCCUUUGUGCUAAAAGCGCCCCCCACCCACCCCCCCCCGCACGCUCUGUGCGGUCUCCGGCCAUGAACUUGACAACCGAAUUGGAACGUCGGUGCAGGGAAACGCUGCAGAGGAUUUCUCGGUCGUGCCGCGCAACUCUCCCGCGUUGUGCUGACCGGGUUGUGCCGGUCUCGCCGCCACGCUGCGUGUGUGUGUGUGCGUGCGUACGUGCGCGCGUGUGCGUGUGUGCGUGUGUGCGCGCGUGUGCGUGUGUGCGUGCGUACGUGUGUGUGCGUGCGUGUGCGUGCGUGUGUGCGCGUGUGUGCGUGCGUACGUGCGUGUGUGCGUGUGUGCGCGCGUGUGCGUCCGUGCGUGUGUGUGUGCGCGUGUGCGCCCGCAAAAGUCCUCACGGAAUUCUCAAUGUUCUUUAUUCAAAAGGGGGGGGGGGGGGGGGGUCCUGCUGAGUUUCCACAAGGGGCCACGAUGCUGAUUCUGCUGCUGCUGCUGCGUGUCAUCCCAACCGAGUAGUUGGGGGGUAAUUUUUGUUCAGCGUUGGGAUGUUUGACCCCGCUCCCCCCACAUCGCGUUACAUGGUUGUGUGGGCUAUUUAUUUUGUGUUCGUUGGGAGAUUCUAAAUUAGCUCGGGGAGCCUCACGUGCUGGGCGGGGGGGGGCGGGGAGAGCGUCUUCGGGGAGCACAAAUUAUUUAAUUGACCUCCGAAGAAUCUCCCCAGCGCGUGGAGCGCGACGGGGGACGUCGGGAAGACAUCGCGGUGCCCCGUGGCCAUACUGUCGUUUGCGUGCUGGUGGACGGCACCCGCUGAUACGAUUAGAACCGCGCCGUGUUUUACAGAACCCGACAUCGAGGGUGAGAUCAUUUUUACGCAACCGAUUUUAUUUGGCGUCCGACGUCCUUGCCACCAAGUGUGAGACGACCUGCGAGGGAGUUUGAGCUCUGGUCUUUCAUCCGUUGUUAAAAGAAAUGAACUAAAAAAAUCAACACGGGGUCAUGCCCCAAGGCUUGAUAGUGAACGUCCGCAGGUCGUCGUCGUCGUCGGCGACGACGAGACCGCCAGCCCUAGCAAGGACUUACAAUGUCGACGCCAGUCAUUGUAGCACUUGGCUGUCAAGCUCAUGCGCCAAGGGUUCACGCAACCGAGCUGGGGAGGGGCGCGCGUGCUUGCGUGCACACGGCGGUGAUGCAGAGAGCUUCCCGGUUGAAAGUUCAAAGUUCGGGACAGGGCAAUGGUGCCGCGGCUUGGGCAGCGGUCGCCUGCAGAGCUGGGGUGAGACCCCCUCCAUACACCCCCCCCCCCCGACUCAAGGUGUAGCACUGAGUGAGAACCCCCUCGUGUAAAGAACUCCCUCGGCAGGGAUUCAAUUCAGCCGUGGCUGUCGAGGUCAGCGACCCGGGAAAAAUAUUUCAAGAAAACCGGCACAACCGCAUCCAGUUUACCUUUUUUUUUUUCCACCACAAUGGAUUCGUGCACGUGGCAGUCGCCGCCAUGCUAAGUGCAUGAAGGCCAUCAUGAAGGUCCGAUGUUUCUCAGGCGCGUAGCAUCGUCUGCCAGGAGAAGGCCGCGUCGCUUCGUGGUUUUAUCCCAAUUGGGCAAUUUUUCUGACCCGAGUUUCAAAUCCAUAGCACGGUGCCGGGACAAGCGUGGCCUCUACACUCUUGAGAACGUCACGGCCGCCACGGGAUUAUUGCGGUUGAUACACACGCACAGCAUUAACCAGGGCGGCCGCUGAAAUCAAACAGCUUUUAUGACGAAGCAAUGCCUGUGGCUACGGCUCUUCACGUUGCCAGCCAGCCCACCCACCCACUCCAGUUGGUCUAAUGGCCAAAACAAAGGAAAAAAAUCAUUGAGACAUUAAAAGCUUUGCCCUUAUAACCUCGAUCUGUAACAGGGCCUCCCUCUCUGCAUCACUGCGCUCGAUCUAGGGAACCACUCCGUAUUCUGUUUUUGUAAGUCGUGGAGUCGUAGACCCUUAAUACCAUUUUAAGAUGCAGUAUUUAUUUUUUUGUAUUUAUGGGUCUUUCUGAACAUUGUGACACUGUCGGCUUGAAUACUGGACCUGAUGCAAGGCUCCUGGGAGCCCGAGUUCCUUGGCUUGCCAAUAAAUUAUUGCAGGCGUGCGCUCUU